AAUUCACUCACCUUUUAUAGCUUCUUCGCAACUCCAAACUUCCCGAGCAUCUUAUCUUUGCAGCUAAUAGUAGCCAUCUCGCACUAAAAUGGCGAUCCCGACCCUCGUGCUGCUGCCAACCUGGGGCACCGGCCACCUCAUGUCCCUGCUCGACGCCGGCAAGCGGCUGCUCGGCUGCCGCGGCGGCGGAGGCCUCUCGCUCACGGUGCUCGUCAUGCAGCCGCCGAGGAAGGAGUAUGCGUCCGCCGUCGCCGCCACCGUGCGCCGGGAGGAGGCAUCGGGCCUCGACAUCCGCUUCCGCCACCUCCCCGCCGUCGAGCCCCCGACCGGCUGCGCGGGCGUCGAGGAGUUCGUCUCCCGCUUCGUGCAGCUCCACGCGGACCACGUGAGGGCGGCCGUCUCCGGCCUGGACUGCCCGGUGGCCGGCCUCGUCAUCGACUUCUUUUGCACGACGCUGCUCGACGUGGCCCGGGAGCUCGCCGUCCCGGCCUACGUGUACUUCACCUCCAAUGCCGCGUGCCUCGCUCUCUUGUUGCGCCUGCCGGCGCUGGAGGGGGAGGUCACCGUGGAGUUCGAGGAGAUGGACGGCGAGGUGGACAUCCCUGGGUUGCCGCCGGUGCCGCCGUCGUCGCUGCCGAUGCCGGUGAUGGACAAGAAGAACCCGAACUACACGUGGUUCGUGUACCACGGCAGGCGUUUCAUGGAAGCCAACGGCAUUAUCGUCAACACGGUGCGCGAGAUCGAGCGGAGCGUCCUUGCCGCCAUCGCCGACGGCCGCGUCACGCCGGGAGUCCGUGCCCCGGUGAUCCAUCCGGUAGGCCCGGUGAUCUCGUUCACCCCGCCCUCCGAUGACCCGCCGCACGAGUGCGUGCGGUGGCUCGACGCGCAGCCUCCGGCCUCCGUCGUGUUCCUCUGCUUCGGGAGCAUGGGCAGCCUCGCGCCGCCGCAGGUGCUCGAGGUGGCGCACGGCCUGGAACGCAGCGGGCACCGGUUCCUGUGGGUGCUGCGCGGCGCUCCGGCCGCCGGCGGCAGCAUGAAUCCCACCGACGCCGAUCUCGACGAGCUUCUCCCGGAGGGUUUCCUGGAGAGGACGACGGGGAGAGCUCUCGUGUGGCCGACGUGGGCGCCGCAGAAGGAGAUCCUCGCGCACGCCGCCGUGGGCGGGUUCGUGACGCACGGCGGGUGGAACUCGACGCUGGAGAGCCUGUGGUUCGGCGUGCCGAUGGUGCCGUGGCCGCUCUACGCGGAGCAGCACUUGAACGCGUUCACGCUGGUGGCCGCCAUGGGCGUGGCCGUGGCCAUGAAGGUGGACAGGAAACGGAACAACUUCGUCGAGGCGUCCGAGGUGGAGCGCGCGGUGAGGUCGCUGAUGGGUGGGUCGGAGGAAGGGAGGAAGGCAAGGGAGAAGGCGGCGGAGAUGAAGGCCGUGUGCCGGAAGGCUGUGGAGGAGGGUGGGUCGUCGGACAUGGCGGUGCACAAGCUCUACGAGGAGCUCUCCACGCAGACGGCUUAAAAUACUACUCUCUCUGUUCCGUUUCAGCUGCUGCAUGAACCGGGAGAUGAAGUCCUCGCCGCCGCGGAAGUCCGGGAGCUCCUCGGCGGGGAGGCAGUGGAACCGGACGUCGAAGCCGGAGUGCUCCGACGCGCCGGCCGCUUCACGGCGGAUGAUCUCGUCGAUCUCGGGCGCGCGGUGGGACUCCGGCAGCUGCGCGAGGAGCACGGUGGGCGACAUGGCGCCGCGGCCGUCGUCGGCGUUGCCGCAGAAGCCAACGCGGAGCAUCCGCUUGCCGACUUCCAGCAUGGGCGUGAGGUGGCCGGGGACGCAGAACGGGAUCAGCACCACCGUCGCUGGGCUCGCCGUGGCUGGAGCCAUAGCUCACAGAUUACGCGCGGGAAGCAGGCCGGAAACGAGAUUGUGUUGCGUGCUUUCGUGAGGCUUACAGCGUUUCUUCUUUCUUCUUUUCGCGUGCACAUGGGGUGCCUCAAAUGGGGAUGUCUAACAUGAAUGAACAGACACUGAUCGGCCACCGGCCGCGUCACUAAUGCACUGUUUGGUUGGUUGGUUGUCUAACAUUCAAAUAUUCCUGGCUACUUUAAAUUACUUCCUCCGUCUUAAAUUAUAGCUACCUAGUACACUGUCCAGAUUUCUAGUACUAGGUAAUGUCCCAUCCAGAUAGCUACAUUUUGGAAAAGGGAAGUAGAACAUAUGCGAUGUGGGUUUUUGAGAAGUUCCUAAAGAAGGAGGGUAGAUUUUAAACUCUCAAGGUGAUGUCCCCUUAUUGUUUGUAUAUCACUUGAAUAGUUGUGAAAAUUUUUUGACAAA